UUAAUACCGAUACGCCACCCUUGCUCCUCACCCCUCAUGUUGCAACGUGCACCCAACAUCAUCUUUUACCGCUCUUCAUAGUCCUCUCAGCAAAAUACUGCUGCCAUGACGGGGGCAGCUACCGCUGUUCAAGUCCCCGUGGCUCUUUAUCGAGUCGAUCAUUCGGCUCGAGUGACCGGUGGGGGUCUCUUGUCGCCACCGCUCCGCCAUUUGAUGCGAUGGGUGUUUGGCAUCUCGGAUCCAGUUGCCAUAGCGAGGGGAUUGCGGGGCGCAGCUUGUCGAGGUGAGGAACAUGAGCUGAUCAUUUACUGGGACCAGGCUACCACCAGUUAUGAAGCCUGGUACGAUGGCCACCCUAUGAACCUCGAUGAGAUCCAAUGCGACAACUACAGUUCCAAAGACUCGGUGGAAUUCAUUUUUGAAGUGGAUGGGCUCCCCAUGAGGGUUACCCUUGUCACGGUGGAUAGAUUCAAAGGGCCCUCUUUGCUCCGAUCCAACGAUACUUCUAGUUUCAAGUACGAAUUAGAGAUAGAUGGACGUCGCUUCUUGGACUUGAUCAAAAUCUAUCAGUUGGGAAUGUCAGAACUAGAGGUCUACGAAGAUGCCGCUAGAUGCGCGAGAAACCUUCGCGAUUCUUCCACGAAAGACGAAGCCCGUGUGGUGAAGACGGGUGGGUGCAUUGGAUCCACUUUCCGCAUGGCCAAGGGAAUGCUGAAACCCGUAUGGAGCACAUCAGAAAAAGAGAUUGCAGCCUCGUCCACAGGCCACCGCACCUGGGAAACCCUGAUUACCCACGACAUGCUCAUGGCAGAACAGGAGGACCGAAUGCUUCGGCUGGCUAUGAAAAGAUCUUUGAAAGAAACUCGUCAACCCUGGUGGGACACGGCAGGGAGAAGGACGAAGGCCGCAUGGAAAAGGAUGACGGCCAAGCACUUCAUUUGGCUUGUGUUGGCGGUGUGGCUGUUUUGCCACGUUGUGCUUGUCGUGUGGAUCGGAUUCCAACAAAAACUGGUUCCCUUGAUUCAGCACCUCUACGCUUCUUUUGUCAUCUUCGCGGCUAUCGUCUAUGUCCCGAAGCUGCUACAGUUCUCGAGUGGACAGGAAACUUCCAGUAGGCAGGAGGAGGGCUCUUCGUAGCGGCGACGGCAUCGGCUUUUGGUUAGACAAGUUUAAUUGUCGGCAGCUCCCUUUUAUCCUAACCCGUCGUCCUCUAAGUGACUAGCUAGCUAGUAGUAGCUCUUAUCAGUGAGGAAUACCGUGUGCCGACAAAAGCAACACCAAUAUUUCCAGCAAGUAUUCCUGGUUGGGGCCUGGAGAUUAUGCAGGAGUAGGUGGGUCAUGGAGAUGGACCAGGCGUAAGUCCAGGAGUAGGCCCCAUGACGGA